AUGACUACACAACGUUUAAUACCAAGAUAUGCACAUACAUCGGGCCUUACUAGGCUUAUGUAUUCAAAAGAUGGAUAUUUUUUGAUAACAGUUGGAUCAAAUCAGGUGAUUCGGAAGUUUACAGUUGAAUCUGAUGAUGAACCUUUAACAAUUGAACAUCAUCAAGAUGCAAUUACAGGAAUUGCUAUAUCAAAACAUCAAUUUGCUACAUGUUCAGAAGAUGCAACAGUUAGUUUGUUCUCAUUAGAGACAAAUGAAUGUUUAACAAUGCUUACACGAUGUUCUUUACCUGUUAGAGAGAUUGCUUUUAGUCCAGAUGGUGAAUGGUUGGCUGUUUGUAGCGACGAGAUUCGAGUAAAGGUGGUGCAUACUACAAAUUAUCUUUGUAGUAUAUAUUUACCAGGGUUUUCUAAACCAAUGAAACAUGUAUCAUUUGAUCCAAAUGGAAAAUUUAUCACUACAUCAUGUACAGAUGGUAUUAUUUAUAUUUUUUCAUUUAGCAGUGAAGAGCCCGAGCUUGUUCAUACAAUAGAUCAUAUUAUUCCGAUUUAUGAGUCAGAAUCUGAAGGAUGUUCGAGGGUAACAUGGCAUCCAGAUGCUAGAUCAUUUGCAGUACCAACAAGAAUAAAUGAUAUAGCAGUGUUUUCUAAAUCAUGGGAAAAACGUAUUACAUUUAAAUCUGGGCACCUGGAAAUGAUUACGGAUAUUUCAUGGUCACCAAAUGGGGCAUAUUUAUGUAGUGCAGGAAAAGAUGGGAAGCUUUUGGUAUGGGAAACGAAGACGCAAACUAUUAUUGUAAGACAAGAGUACAAAAAUGUGAUUUCUCUUGCUUGGCAUCCAAAAACUAAUGUUUUAUCAUUUACUACAAACCAAGGCCAAUUAUACACCUUUUCAAAUAUUAUUCCAUCAAAUUACCAAGAACCAUAUGGUCGAAUUGCUCAUUUGGGCCCUUUAUUAGAUGAAACUAGCAUAAAAGAUUCCAUUACUAAGAAAAGAUAUACUAAUGAAUUUAAUAAAAGAGAAUUAAGUGAUGAAGAUUUAAUUGAUAUUGAUAAUGAUAUGAGCUGGAUAGAAGAUGAUGAUGGUGCAGGAUAUGUUCCAAAAUAUAAAUAUAAUGAAAGUAGAUAUGAAAAAUCUUUUGAUGAUCUUUCUGAUGAUGACUUUUAUUAUACUACAAAAAGAGUUUUAGACAAUCAUAUUAAAAUUAAAAUACACAAACCUCUUCAGCCAGGAAGCACUCCAUGGAGGGAAAAAAGGCGUUAUCUUGUACUUAAUCUUGUUGGAUUUAUUUGGACCGUUGAUCAAGAUACUCAUAAUACAGUUACUGUAGAAUUUUUUGAUAAGGAAGCGCAUCGUCAAUACCAUUUUACCGAUAUUUUUUUCUAUGAUAAGGCUUGUCUUGAUGACAAUGGAGCAUUAUUUGCCAGUUCAACCAAAAAAGGAAGUCCUUCAGUUAUGUUUUUCCGUCCCCAUGAGAAUUGGACUAUUCAUACUGAUUGGAAGAUCGAAUUUUUUGAAGAUGAAGAUAUUUUAUCAAUUGCACUUAGUAGUUCAAAUAUUAUUGCAUGUACUUCAAAAGGAUAUCUAAGAUCAUACACGUUAAAUGGAAUUCCUCUUCGAAUUUAUCGUCAAAAGUAUUUUCCUGUAGUAGCAUGUAUAUCAUGGAAAAAUUAUGUAAUGGUAGUUAGCAAUGGUUCGUUAAAUUCAGAUGGUUCGGUAUCCUUAACAUAUACUCUUGAACAUGUUUUACAGGAUAAAGUAUUACAAUCAAAUGAUCUAUUAGCGCUUCCACCUAAAGGUCAUUUACGAUCAUUAUUUUUUUCAGAUGAAGGUGAUCCUAUGAUUUUUGAUUCUGAUGGUAUAUUACUUGUCUUAAUGCAUUGGAGAAUCCAUGGUCAAGCAAAAUGGGUUCCACUUCUUGAUACAAAUCUUAUGAAAAGAAGAAAGGGAAAGGAUGAGUCAUAUUGGCCAGUUGCAGUGGCUAAUCAAAAAUUUUAUUGCAUUAUUUUAAAAGGAAAUGAACAACAUCCAUAUUUUCCUCGUCCCAUGUUUAGUGAAUUCGAAUUUUUAAUACCAUGUGUUUUAUUACCUGAAUCAGAAGAAAUUAAUAAUAUAUAUGCAUUAGAAGAAAGGCAUGUUAGAGAAUCCAUUUUAUUAACUCUUUUAGAAGAUACUAUAGCAUCAUCAGCAGACAAUGAAUCAGAUAAAUUAGAAAUAUCUAAAAAAGAAAUUUCAAUUGAUAAAAUUUUACUACAAUUGUUGCAAAUUGCGUGUAAAGAAGAUCAUCAAGCAAAAGCUUUAGAGUUUGCAACACUUUUGAGACGUUCUACCAGUCUCGAUGCAGCACGUAAAAUUGCUGCACAUUAUAUGAAAACAAGUUUAAUAGAACGAAUUACUGCUUUAACAGAAGAAUAA